CAAUGCGCGCUGAUGGAGGUUUGAAAGAUGAGCUCAUUCUGAAACUUGUGACAGGGGAUAAUCAUUCAUCUAGACUAGAAGAGGCGCUCAAGGACUUCAUCAGCACGAUAUGGCCGUACAGGCUCCCAAGAACCUUGCAGGAUUGCCUACUGAGGGCAGGAAGAGAGCUCACAAAGACCUGAGCAACUAUGGCUAUGCGGGAGACGAUUACAAGUUUGACAACCCUCAUGCCAUCUGCUACAGAUGCUCAAGACCAGGACACGUCUCUCGGGACUGUCCUUACUACGGCUCUGGGCAGUCGUCGCUGACUAUUUUCACCGACUAUGACAGAGCCACGCCUGAAGGGGAAGACCACAUCAAGAUGUUGAAGAUCUCCAUGGCAAAUUAUAGCCGAAGACCAGCAAGGAAGCAGAUCGAGGAGUUCUCCAACAAGAGCUUGCAAGCCCCUGAAGGCUGCAACGAGUACAACAUCUGGUACGGCAAGUGGUGCGGCCAACAAUGGAAGCCCGACAAGGACCUCUCGGCUGCUCCGCACCGAUGUUGUGUGAGGCGUGAUGCUGGAAGGACGAAAGCGGACGAUCGCUUCGGUGAGAGCGCGUACUGCUGCAUAUUCUUCGCUCGCGGCUGCUGCGCCCUCGGAGCAGAUUGUACCUUCUUGCACCGCAUCCCUACCCCGCAGGAUGACAAACGUCUUGACAUGCUGCACGACAUAUUUGGCAGAGACAGACAUAACUCAGACCGCGAUGACAUGCGAGGAACAGGCAACUUCAAUAAGAACAACAGGACUCUCUACGUAGGCGGCCUCAAGAUCCUCCAUGGGACCGACGCCGCCCACAAGUCGCUUCUCAGACACUUCUCUGAGUGGGGAGAAAUUGAGCAGCUGAGAAUCAUCCCAAACAAGGCGAUCGGGUUCGUCACUUAUCGCCAUCGUGCAAAUGCAGAGUUUGCGCUGGUUGUCCCCAUGAUAUCUGUAGCACAUCUGUCGUACUGAACCUCGUUGUUUGCAGGAGGCUAUGCAUUGCCAAACUUUAGACUUGGACGAACUCUUGAAUCUUCGCUGGGCUUACGAUGAUCCCAACCCCAAGUGAGCUUCUAGAUCUGAGCACGUCGUCUCGUUGUUGACUGUCGAGCAGGUCCAAGGAUGGAGAACGAGACAAAUACCAGGAGCAGCUUGUAGAAGCGCUGAAAGACAAGGUGAUGCGAAGGAAACUUCUGUUUGUUCCCUGAAGCACAUUUUUUGUGAAGGGCAUCGACACCACAGAGACUAUGUACAACUAUCCGAGCGAUUAUCACAUCGUAGAAGACCCAGAAGUGAAGCGUGCGAGGUAACCCAUAGCUUCCUUGGUCCUAACCUUCACUCAUCUGCCGGA